CCUGUAAUUUGUUCUGUAUUUAUCCUACUGGUGGCUUUCGGAGUUGCUUUACCCUUCAUACUUCCUGUCAAAGAAGAAGUCGCGUGCCGAUUCCUUCCGAACGAAAUAAUUUGUCCUUUCAAACCGGAAUAUUCCAGGAUAGAGAUCCUGAGUCCACCAGUCCAUUUGGCCAAUGGCGGUGGGCGUAUUUCCUUUGGUAUACAGGACGGCACUGACUUCACCAUCCAGGGAUUUAACAUCCGUGUAAAAAACCAAGAGGUUUCCGUUCGUAAAGAAGUUUCAGUUUGUGAGGAGCAGGGAAAAUAUCCCGUUAACUUCGUCAGUGGAAGUGCUAACACUACGAAAAAAGAUGAAAGCAUAUUAGCGCUAAAAGUGACAGAUUGGAAGAAUGAUGUGGAGAUGCAAAUAACACCAUUUACAAAUGUAUCAGACAACAAAGAUUAUGUACAAGUUGUCUGUACUGGAUAUCACCGAUGUGGUACAGUUGUGGUAGAUCUGGAGCUAAAAUUAACCGACUACGGCACCUAUUACAAACCCAUGAACUGUUCGAGAACCAAUGCUGAUGGCGAAGUCUUGGACAAUUACGGAUACGCUUGCACUCUUUUUAUGGAAGUAGAUAUGUUUCAACGGACAGGCAGCCUUAAAUGCAAGCCAAUGGUGGAGUCUCUAGCAAAUGCUACAACCAACUCUCUCCCUCAACAAUCCGUGGCUAUUUAUAAUUCAACGGAACCAUAUUUUCGUUUGAGGAAAGGACAGAAUACGACGAUAAAGUGGAAUGUGAAUGUACAAAAGUUGGGAGACAUACGUCAUCUUCAAACAAAACUCAACGGACUUUACCUCCCAAACGUCGUUGAUACAGACGCAAGACCUCAAUUUUUUGUCAGCGUAAAAGGGUACGUCGCUACUUGUGAAGUGAAGCUUCGUCCGGUUACCUGUAUUGAUGACGGACCAUGGGAGGUACAGAUGCAAAAUGGUGACGCUCAACAUAAACGAAUCCAGGUGAAUGGAUUGCCAAUAUUUACAGCCUGCCCAGGCCAAAGAACUGUUAUCGUUGGCGAACAACUGCACCUGAAGUUUCAUUCUUGCAUAGCCGAUGGAUUCAAUACAUACUCCAUAGAUACGUAUGGAAGAGCACAAAGAAGCGGAUUCAUAAAGCAAAAUGAAGCUAUAGAGUUUUCUGGUCAGCGAUCAGAGUUUCGUGGUAGUUUGGCACUGAAUGAAUUAUCGGUGACGUUUCAAAUGUGGAAGAUCACGUGUGCUGACCACAAGAAGUACUUUAAUUUGACUUUAGGAACAACAGAUGAAGCCACUUCGGAACAGUUUCUUUCUCUUGCAGACGUUAUAGGUAAACAUUAUAAACAUGUAACAAAUGUGUUUAAGUCUGUAUCAUGCGCAUGUAUGAAUUUGUUUUGA